CAGAGGGCGUUUUCAACAAUCAAGAUGGCGGAAUUUGCGAAUGUUACAGAAUUGCAAAAUGUAGAAAUGGGGGAAGAGAAAGAGCUAGGCGCUACCUCCGAAGAUUCGAGUGACGAUAGUGAUGAUGAGGAUGCCGAUGACCAAGAGAUUAUUCAGCUCUUGGAUGAGGUAAACAGCAACCCAUAUCAAUACGAUGCACAUCUGAAAUUGAUCACAAUACUGAGGCAAGCGGGAGAGCUGGAGAAGCUAAGAAAAGCAAGGCAGAAUAUGAGUGAGCUAUUCCCUCUGACUGGAGAACUGUGGAUGCAGUGGAUUCAAGAUGAGCUUAAGCUCAUGGAGAGUGGUGACGAUAGACAAAAGGUCAUGGAACUCUUUGACAGAGCUGUGAAGGACUAUCUUGCUAUAGAUCUGUGGUUGGAGUAUUGCCAGUUUUCUAUCGGUGGCAUCGGCUCUCCAGAAGGGAUUGAGAACGCCCGAAGGGUCUUUGAGGAAGCCAUCAUGGCUGCGGGACUCCAUGUUGCUCAAGGCAGUAUGAUCUGGGCCGUCUACAGAGAGUUUGAGAAUGCCUUGCUAUCAACACUUCAGCCCCAGCCUGGGUCCAUCCCGACCGCUGAGCAGCAGAAGGAAUUAACUCAGCAGAUGAACAGAAUGUCUGGUAUCUUCAAAAGGCAGUUAGCGAUUCCAUUAAUGGAUAUGGAGCAAACAUUCUGUGAGUAUGACCAAUGGAUGUCAGAUAUAGGGGAAGAGAUACCAAACACCGUGAAAGAGUCCUAUCAGAAAGCUCUUGAUCUACUAGACACCUAUAGACCACUGGAAGACAGUCUUCUGACGGCCGAGGCUCCCAAACUAACCGAGUAUCUGACUUACAUAGAGCAUGAGCUUAAGCAAGGAAAUCCUGCCAGGAUACAGUGCAUCUAUGAGAGAGCUUUAGUUGACAAUUGCCUCAACAUGUCCCUGUGGAAGGAAUAUACAUCAUAUCUGGGUGAGAGUCUGAAGAUCAGCUCGGUGGUAUUGCCGGUCUAUGAACGAGCAGUGCGGAACUGCCCCUGGUGCUUCCUACUCUGGCAAGGUUAUCUCACAGCUCAAGAGAGACACAAUGAACCCUUCACCUCAAUACAGGCUGUGUUUGAGAAGGCCUUGGUUGCAGGAUUCUCAGGUGCAUCUGACUACCUUCAGCUAUGGCAGACCUAUGUAAACUAUCUGAGGAGAAGGAUUCAGUGGGACCAAGAGUAUGAGGAAGACAUGGAAAUAUUUAGGAAGACGAUGGAGCGAGCAAUCAUCUACCAGGCAAAGUAUUUUGACGCUGAAGGAGAUCCCUCAUCAAGUUUGCAGCGAUACCUAGCUUUUGUUGAGGCUAAAUACUGCCAGAAUGUGACGAGAAUGCGAGAACUCUGGAAUGACAUCAUGUCUAUGGGUCAUGCUAACCAAGCUCAGAUGUGGCUACAAUAUGUCAAUCUAGAAAGACGCUUUGGCGAUACCAAACAUGUGAGGAAAACAUUUCACCGUGCAAUUCACUCGGUCAGUGACUGGCCCGAGACGGUCUUUGAAGCAUUCCUGAACUUUGAGAGAGAGGAGGGGACACUGGAAACUUGGUGUUCGGCGGUGAAGAGGGUUGAAACGCAGAUGAAACGAGUCACAGAACAGAGAAAUAGGGCUGCAGAACAAGAAGCAUCAUGGACAAGGCAAGCAGAGGAGAGAGCAACGGAGAACAGGAGUCGGCAAAGAAAUGAGAAGAAAGGAGGAAAGAGGUCGUUCGAUGAACCAGGAACUAAUAAACAAUCACACAAGAAACAGAAGAGGAAUCCCGUGCCAGAUUCCAAUCCUAGACCUGAAUCCAGAGUAGAUGGAGGGACAGGACCAUCAACUUCAUCACCCUCAGCACCUGUGUUUAAAGUUCCACAACUGCCAGCACCUAGACUUGAGCCAAACGAUGAAGGUGCAAAAUCAGUUUCUGACAGAGUGAAGGAUAUUGAUAUGGAGGAUAUCCCAGAAGAGAAGGGCCUCCUUGACCAAUCAGUGGAAUUCCAAAUGCAUAUGAAUCCCAAGAAGAAGAAACCUGAGCGUGAUGGCAACAACGACCGCCGGACGAUCUUUGUCAAGAAUCUAGACUAUAAUCUCACUGAAGAGAGGAUUAGGAAUGUCUUUUCAGAGUGUGGUGCUAUCAAAGAUGUAAGAAUGGUGACCAAUUACCAGAAGAAAUUCAAAGGUUUUUGUUAUGUCGAGUUUAAAGAUCAGGAAUCUGCCAAGAAAGCAUUGAAGAAAGACAGAGAGACCAUUAACAACAGGCCAAUGUAUGUUGACCCUUCGAAGGACAAAUCGGUUGCCACAAAGGAACAGAAGUUCUUGUAUGAAAACAAGAUGGAGAAGAAUAAACUCUUUGUGACUGGCCUCCCUCGAAAACUCACCAAGGAAGAGCUUGAAAAGACUUUUAGCAAGUAUGGUAAGCUCAAGGAUGCGCGCAUUGUAACCUACAAGAGCGGAGUCCCCAAAGGAUUAGCCUAUGUUGACUUCGAAGAUGAGGCGUGUGCUAGCAAGGCUGUGAUUGGUCUAGAUAACACUCAGAUUGGUGAGCAUACCAUCACCGUGGCUAUCAGCAAUCCACCCACCAGGAAAGCUCCCAUCAAGGAUGCUGCUGCAGCUCCUCCACCAUCCAAUCCCCCAGAGAGGCAACAGAAAUCCCUGGGCUCCAAGGGCAUUGUUGGUCCAAGGGGUAAAGGGCGCACCCAAGUCACGCUGCUACCCAGGUCACUCAAACAACAGAAAGCAGCCCCCAAACCGAAGCCUUCGUCAUCUUCUGACGCCAUGGAAACCAACGACACCACCAGCAAUGGCAAGGCUGAGGGCGAAGGACAGAAGAAACCCAAGAUGUCUAAUGCUGAUUUUGCCAAAAUGUUUCAGAAAUGAUGGAUGGAGACCGAGUAGGAGAGAUCUCUGGAGAUUACCGGGACCACUCUUGUCUUCAAGGCAAACCCAUUACACAAAGGUCAGCGAUUGAUCACGUAGUUGGUUUGUGCGAUCAAUCAUAAUAAUUAGCCAUAUGAUAAGUCACUGGAAAGACCCAGAAUGCAGUUCUAUGAAAUGUGUUGCAUGGAAAGAAGGAAGGUGAGUUGCUUGCAAAGAAGGAAUAAGUAAAUCCGUUCUGAUAAUUAUAUGAUCAUUCGUUAUAAAAGCUAUGUGUUAUGGAACACCAAAUGCAACAUCGAAGAAUCAGUUGCAUAUAAAGUAGAUUGAUUGAAAGAAGGAAGAUUUGAAAUGUUUUAUUUAGGAGGAAGUAGGGUUUCCCUUGGAGAAAUACGUUAGCAAACAGGAUAACAGCCCUUGUUGAUAUUUGCAGCUGAUAUUGUGUUUGUUUGUCAUGUUUUGCAUUUUAUUGUAAUAAUCCAACUCUUUCUUACAAUCUUCUUAACAUGUAUGAAUUUUAAAGAUUUGGUGGUAUUUUUUUUCUCAUGAUUAAGCACUGGUUUAAUUCCAGACUGAUAUAUUUCACUCUGCUCUUUUAUGGAAUGUUAACUUUUAUCUUACUUCCUUGACAUAUAUGAAAAAAUAUGAUAAACUAAAGAAUUCAUUGAAAAUCAUGUUCCACUCUUUUCAUAACAUGGUCUUAAAUAGCCCAAUUAAAUUAGGGUUAAUGUAACCAGGGCUACAGGAAUACCACAAAAUAAUUUCUAAAAUCAUGUCGCUCACUGUAUGAAAUCAUCAUGGCACGCCUCGUAUUUUAAUUCUUGUACACCUCAUAGAAAAUAUAUUCCUCGUUGUCAGCAGAAGUAUUUGGUUUUAUCGUGUAAAACACUAUUCUUUAUAUUACAGACAAUGUUUUAAUUGAAAGAAGAUUUGACUGGUUAUUUCAUUCAGAAUGUCUUGAUUUUCGUGAUGGUCAUUUUCAAAAUGCAUUAUUUUCUCUACGCGUAUUUGGUUGUGUAAUACAAAGCUUAAUCGUGUUUUCAAAAGGUGAAAGUUCAAAGUGUAGCUGUGUAUGUAGUUGAAAUGAAAGUUAAAGAUGCUUUAAUUUGUUUCUUUAUGUUAACAUUGUACGUAUUGACAUGGCUGAAAACAAAAGUCAGAUAUCUUCAGUACGUGGUUAUAAGUCAGCCUAAGUUUGCUUGAGAUAAGCCCUCUUUUUUUAUUAAUCUCAAGUGUGAAGAAACCUCAUAUCCACCAGACCAAGUGGGGGUAAUCAUAGCUAAAACACCAUGGCAUGUCACCUUUUGUUUACAGAGAAGUGGCAUUCUUGAUCCAAUGUUUUGGUAGCAUGUGAUGGUCAUGGUAUGGUAUCAUGAAUCAAUCAUUCCAAGCCAAAACAAAAUGUGUCUGGAUAAUUCAGCAGAUAGCAUGCUGUUUUGAAGAAAAAAAAACCCAAAUGAAACCCAUGAUGUGGCAGCUAAUUUCCUCAUUCUGAUCUGUUGGAAACAGUCUUUGCUGAGCUUGAGAUGAGGACUGGUGAUAUAUAUUUGUAUUCAUGCAGAAAAAUACGAGAGAAACCGGAUGCAAGGUGGUGUAAUAUAUGAAUGGUACAGACAGAAGAAGAAGAUGACAAAGAAGAAGAGGAAAUGUAAACAUAGAAGAAGAAAAAACAAAAAGACAAAGAAAAAAAUGAAGACAAAGAUGAAGGAGGAGGAGGAAGAGGGGAAAAAAGAGGAGAAGAACAAGUUUGUGUAUGUACAAUGAAAGUAUAUGGUUUGUCAAUUAUUCAUCACUUUCAUUUUAUAACUUUAUAACAAAAAAUUACUCGAAACUUGUAAAACAAAAAGUUUUUUUUUAUGUUAAAAAGUAAGCUAUUGUUAACAUAAACAAAAAGAAAAAACGAUUACUGUAUUCCUCAUUUCUCCCUUAUACUAUAUACUGAAAUAUUUUUUAAUAUUUUACUUUUAGUAUCAGUUUCUUUUUAAAUGUUAAUCUUGUCUCAGAGCUCAAAUAUUAUUUUCCUUUUAAAAAUGCAGAUGUGAUUGCGUUUUUAACCUGGUUGUGUAAAAGAUUACAUGCCCGUAUGAUUAAAUCAUAAGUAACGUGUGAAAUAUUUUUCCAACUAUAUUUUUAUCCAUUAGCGUGGUGUCUUUGCCAUUCCACGGCUUCAAAGCUUUUAACUAGGAUCUAAGAUUCAAAGAAGAUUGGAUUUUUUAUUAUGACCAAUUUUUAACACAUCCAUUGUUGACGUACAGUCAUAUAAUCACCAUGUGUAAAACAAUUAUCUUAUUUUGCCCACAUCAAGUUGAUCCACACUUGUAGUCUGUAAAAUACAUGAAUAAAUAUAUGUUCAUUUUAA